AGUUUGCUCAGAGCCAUGAGCCAGCAGACCACAGCCACCACGGAGCUGCCUGGGCUGCCAGGGGACACGGCAGCAGCCUUUGCAGUGGCAGACAUCGUCGUGGUGGUUCUGUACUUUGUCUUUAUCCUCGCUGUGGGGAUAUGGUCAUCGGUGCGAGCGAGCCGGGGCACUGUUGGAGGAUAUUUUCUGGCUGGACGAUCCAUGUCUUGGUGGCCUAUCGGAGCCUCCCUGAUGUCGACGGACGUGGGCAGCGGUUCGUUCAUCGGCCUGGCGGGCACGGCAGCAGCCGGGGGCAUCGCCGUCGGGGGCUUCGAGUGGAACGCCAUCUGGCCACUGCUGGCUCUGGGCUGGAUCUUUGUGCCAGUUUACAUCGCAGCAGGAGUUGUCACCCUGCCUGAGUACCUGAAGAAGAGGUUUGGAGGGCAGAGGCUGCAAAUCUACACGUCUGUGCUGUCCCUGAUUCUCUAUAUAUUCACCAGGAUAUCCACAGACAUUUUUGCUGGAGCAUUGUUCAUCCAAACUGCUUUGGGCUGGAACCUCUACUUGUCCACUGUGGUCCUGCUAGCAGUGACUGCUGUCUACACCAUAGCUGGGGGUUUGACUGCUGUGAUUUACACAGACGUGCUGCAGACCCUGAUCAUGGUGCUGGGAGCUUUGGUCCUCAUGUUCAUAGGAUUUGAAAAAGUUGGCUGGUAUGAAGGACUUAAGGAGAAAUACAGCACAGCAAUACCAAAGAUCACAGUCCCAAACACAGACUGUCACCUCCCACGGGCAGAUGCCUUUCAUUUGUUCAGGGAUCCCAUCACAGGAGACAUUCCCUGGCCUGGCCUUGUAUUUGGUCUCACUGUGGUGGCUCUUUGGUGCUGGUGCACUGACCAGGUGAUGGUCCAGAGGUCUCUCUCUGCCAAGAACCUCUCCCAUGCCAAAGGUGGAUCAGUGUUUGCAGGAUAUCUGAAACUCUUCCCUGUUUUUUUCCUUGUCAUGCCAGGAAUGAUCAGCAGAGCUCUUUUCCCAGAUGAAGUGGCCUGCGUGGACCCAGAGGUCUGCAAAAGGAUCUGUGGAGCUGCUGUGGGUUGUUCCAACAUUGCCUACCCCAAACUGGUCAUUGAACUCAUGCCUGAUGGGCUCCGGGGUUUGAUGAUUGCAGUGAUGAUGGCAGCCCUGAUGAGCUCCCUCACCUCUGUGUUCAACAGCAGCAGCACCCUCUUCGUGCUGGACAUCUGGCAGCGGCUCCGCAGGCAGCCCUCCGAGCAGGAGCUGAUGAUUGUGGGCAGAGUCUUCACCCUCAUCCUUGUGGUCAUCAGCAUUCUCUGGAUCCCAAUGGUUCAGUCGGCCAACAGUGGGAAGCUCUUUGACUACAUUCAGUCCAUAGGCAGCUACCUGAGCCCACCAAUUGCAGCCCUCUUCAUCCUGGCAAUCUUCUGCAAGAGGGUGAAUGAGCCUGGUGCUUUCUGGGGCCUUAUAGCUGGCUUUGUUGUUGGUGUGAUUCGGAUGAUCAUGGAGUUCAGUUCCAGUGCCCCGUCCUGUGGGGAGGAGGACAGGAGACCAGCUGUGCUAAAGGAUGUGCACUACCUCUACUUUGCCCUCAUCCUCUUUGUCCUCACUGCCAUUGUCAUCGUCCUCGUCAGCCUCUGCACACCCCCCAUCCCUGAAGAAAAGCUGGAUGGCCUCAUGUGGUGGACCAGGCACAAAAAAGCACCUGCCCUAAACCUGGAAAACAGUGAAGCAGCAGCACAGAUGGACCCAGAAAAGAAUGAGAAGGACCUGGAGGAAGCUGCAGCUUCAGACAUUAAGGAGGAGGCAGCAGCCAAACGUCCCUGGUGGAAAACAGUGUACAUGUGGUUCUGUGGCCUGCCCACCAACCCCACUCCCACCCUGUCCCCGGAGGAGAAAGCAGCCCUGGAGCACAGACUCACCAGCCUCGAGGAGAAGCCUCACUGGAAGAUUGUGUGUGACAUUAGUGCCAUUCUCCUGAUGGCCACCAACAUCUUCCUCUGGGCAUAUUUUGGCUGAGCUGGGGUUAUUGGCUUUUUUGGACCACACAUCCCCUUAAAGCAUGGCAAAGCAACACCAAGCAGGAUGAGGAAAACUGGGACAACUUUUAAACAUUUGAGAUAAUUUUUUUCCUCUAAGGAACAUUCAGUUUUGCAGAGAGUAGUUGUGUUAAGCCUAUUUUUUUUUUUAAAUGACAAAAUAUUUUUGAUCUUUGAUUACGUGAUGAGUUCUGCCCAUCUCACCCCACGGAUCCUUGAAGUUAACUUUUCAUUUAAAAUAAUAAUGCUGAUGUUGGUUAAACAAAAUAAUGCACUUUGAGAGCUGUGACUGCAUCUCUGAGCUUGGCCCUGACAAGGAGUGGAGACACCCACACUGCCAGAUGCAGCCAGCUGUGCACCCCCAGGAGGAACACAUUUCAUGGGUAAGCUUAUGUGACUUCACUACUCUGCUUUGAAGCACUGAAGUGAAACAAAAGA